AUGCAGGUGAAUGGCAUCCAGACACACUUGCCCACCUCCCUGAACAAUGGCACGCUGCAACUCUCACAGAGUGGCACCUUCGUCAUACUUACCACAGACUUCCAGCUUAGAGUGAUGUAUGACUGGAACCAUCACCUGCGGGUCACAAUCAGUAGUGCUUAUUAUGAGGGUGUGUGUGGCUUAUGUGGGAAUUACAAUGACGAUCCUAGAGAUGACUUCCAGACACCAGUCGGAACCAUUGUGCCCACUACCAUUGCUCUGGGUGAAAGCUGGGCUGUGAAGAAUGAAGAUGGUGCUUGCUGGCAUGACUGCCAUGGGGAAUGCCAGCCUUGCUCACCCAAACUGGCCAAAAAGUAUGAAAGAGAGUCCUAUUGUGGUCUGAUAACCAAGCUUUCAAAUGGGCCCUUCAACCCUUGCCAUGCCAAGGUGGACCCCACAACCUACUUCAAGAACUGUGUAUUUGAUGUUUGCAUCAAUGAAGGCCAAAAACAGUCCUUGUGUGGUGCCCUAAAGGCCUAUGCAGAUGUCUGCCAGAGUGAGGGAGCCCAAAUUGGCGAGUGGAGGAAGUCUGCUGGAUGCCCUCUGGAGUGUCCUCCAAACAGCCAGUACGAACUCUGUGGAACAGCCUGCCCAGCCACCUGUGUGAAUGACAACACUCAAAUCUUCUGUUCAGCGGUGUGUGUGGAAGGCUGCCAGUGCAAUGAUGGGUUUGUGCUGAGCCAGGGGAAAUGCAUUCCCAAGGACAGCUGUGGUUGUGUGUAUGAUGGGCGCCGCUAUGUUGUCAAUGAGAGCUUCUGGGCUGAUGAUGCAUGUCAGAAGCGGUGCAUUUGCAACUCGGCCAUGGGGGGAGUGAAGUGCAGAGCCAGUGCUUGCAAACCCUCAGAACGAUGUCAAGUAGUGAAUGGCAUACGGAGCUGCUACCCUAUCAGCUACGGUACCUGCACUAUAACCGGAUCUUCCCACUAUCUGACUUUUGACAAGUACCGAUUUGAUUUCCAUGGUGUGUGUGUCUAUGUGCUUGCUGAAGUGUGCCGCAAACCUCCAGAACUGGAGGAAUUUGGCAUCUAUGUUCAAAAUGAAAACUGGAGGAACUAUGCUGAGCCUUUCACCUGGAACAUGCAGGUCAAUGCCUACGAUUUCAAGAUUACAGUCAGCAGGCAAUAUCCUGGCAGAAUCUUGGUCAAUGGUUUGUUAACCUACCUUCCGUACAGCGCAGCUGGAGGAAGAAUCAGUGCUUACAGGAGGGCCCAAGCUGCUGUGAUCCAGAUGGACUUUGGCCUCACCGUCACUUUUGAUUGGAGGAGCCAGGUUACUGUCACUGUGCCCAGCUCAUAUGCAGGCACUUUGUGUGGUGUCUGUGGCAACUUCAAUGGGAACCCUGCAGAUGAUGCUCCGCUGUCUCUUGCCAACUUAGUUCCCAGCAAGCCAGUAUUUGGCACAUACACAGAGUCAUUAUACAAUGAGAUAAUUGAUCCCAGAUGUCCCGGGCUGCAAGCCAUAACAGAGGAUCAGCGUGCCUCAGGUUGGGAAUGUGGGCUCAUUGUUGCCAAGGAUGGACCCUUCCGUGAAUGCCAUGACCAUGUCAACCAAGAGGCUGCCUUCCAGGAUUGUGCCUAUGACUAUUGUUACUUCAAGGGGCGGCAUGCCUACAUGUGUGCGAGGAUUGCCAGCUAUGCUACAGCCUGCCAGGCUGCUGGAGUUACCGUAUAUGCCUGGAGAUCUUCAACCUUCUGCCCUCCAUCUUGUCCUCCGAAAAGUCAUUAUGAACUUUGCUCCAAGGACUGUGGCCAGACCUGCAGCAGUCUCUAUGAUCCAAUCCCUUGCCACAACAAGUGUGAGGAAGACUGCAUAUGCAAUGAGAGCUUUAUCCUGAGCAGCAGUAAUUGUGUCCCAGUGGAUCAUGCUUGCCAUGGCAUAGUGAACCCCACAGUACAUCUGAACAACUGCAUAUUUGACCUGUGUAUGAGCAAUGAGGAUAAUCAGACCUUGUGCCAGAACAUCCAGAGCUACGUGAUAGCCUGCCAAGAAGUGAAUGUCCCUAUCCAAACCUGGAGGAGCCUAGACUUCUGCUGGCUGUCAGUCAUCCUGCUUAAAGAAAACCUCAGCAUUGUGGCAUCUGUGCCAGGCAGUUACAUGGGAUACCUCUGUGGGCUGUGUGGGAAUGCCAAUGGAGACCCCAGCGAUGAUAUGGCUGGGAAAUUUGGGGAAAUUCAAGUGACACUGAACCCUGAUGGGGGAGUGGUGGUGACUGUCACCUCAGUUCUGGCAGAGAAGAUAUGUGGGGCUUGUGGGAACUUCAACAAUAAUCAGACUGAUGAUCUGAAGGGCCCUGACGGAGUGGAAUUAAACAACUUGCCUGAGCUGCUGGUAUUUUGGACAGCCAGAGAUUUUACCCACCAGUAA